AUGGCAACCUCACAAACCGCCCUUCCUCGCAUUGCAAUAACGUUCUGCACGCAAUGUCGCUGGAUGCUGCGUGCCGCCUAUUUCGCGCAAGAGCUUCUUUCGACCUUCUCCACGACGAUUGGCGAAGUUGCACUGAUUCCGGCCACCGGGGGAUUGUUCACUGUUGAACUGACUUACAUCCCGCUCUCUACCGCCCCUGAGGACUCGGAGGAUGCACCGCCAUCGGACGUAAAGGCUACAAAGGUUUUGCUGUGGGAUAGAAAGGCUGAAGGCGGAUUUCCGGGUACAUGGGACAUCUUGGCGGCGAUGUGUGGGAACUUUGCAGUUGCUAACGCUGGUACAGAGACCAAAAUACUCAAGCAGCUGGUCAGAGACCAUCUAGACCCUAAGAGAGAUCUCGGACAUUCAGACAAGCACGGCAAGAAGAAAAUAGAACAAGGAGAGACCCCAAACCCCACACCGGAAACUGCGACACAGAGUCAGGAAGCAAAUGCGCUCACGACAGGAGUAGCAAAGGCCAAGUUGAAUUCAGACGGGACAGUGUGCGAAGAUUGUAAAUGAGAGAUUGCCUAUACCCAACUCGACAAGAUGAGAUAAGAGUCAAAUUAGAAUACAUGAAACCCAGAUGGAUACCGUCAAGCUGCUUACCACGUUGAAAAAUUCAAACAUCUGAUCCACCUCCCCCCUUUGCUCUCUGGGCUAAUGCGAAG